CAAAUGCAGAAUGCCGUAUAUGUAGUAGCACUUUUCGAAGAAGGAAGAAAGGUGGGAGUCAUUUCCAGGGUAAUUUUGACAAGAGGAACUGUCAUUAUGAACAUGGUGGGUAUGAACUUCUGCCUUCACACUGCCAGGAGAAUGAUGGAAGCAUGGAGAUGAGGGAUGUCCACAAGGACCGCCAACUAAGACACACUCCUUAUAGAAUCCAACGCAACAGGAAGCUAGUGAAAUGACAUAGUGAAGAUCAAAUCCAUAUUACCAUUUGGAGAAAUAGAAAACCUCCAGAGAGAAAAAUGAGGCGGAACACACAAGAUGAAAACAUGAGGAAAUGAUUCAAGGUCACAAUUCCUUAUGGGAUAAAGUAUGACAAGGCAUGGCUAAUGAAUUCAAUCCAGAGCCAUUGCAGUGUCCCCUUCACUCCGGUUGAUUUCCACUACAUCCGAAAUCGGACAUGCUUCUUUGUCCAGGUUGCUAGCGCUGCCUCCGCAUUGAAGGAUGUCAGUUAUAAGAUUUAUGAUGAUGAGAACCAAAAGAUAUGUAUAUUUGUCAAUCAUUUUACUGCGCCCUACUCUGUGAAGAAUAAGUUGAAGCCAGGCCAAAUGGAGAUGCUAAAGCUGACCAUGAACAAAUGGUACAAUGUCUCCCAGCAAGCUCUUGAUCUCCAGAAUCUCCGCUUUGACCCAGACUUGAUGGGCCGUGACAUUGAUAUAAUCCUGAAUCAAAGAAACUGCAUGACUGCCACCCUGAAGAUCAUUGAAAGAAAUUUCCCUGAGCUAUUGUCUUUGAACUUGUGCAACAACAAACUGUACCACCUGGAUGGCCUGUCUGACAUUAUAGAGAAGGUUUCCAAAGUCAAGACCCUGAAUCUCUCCAAAAAUAAGCUGGAGUCAGCGUGGGAGUUGGGCAAGGUGAAAAGGCUGAAGCUCAAAGAGCUAUGGCUAGAAGGGAACCCCUUGUGCAGCACCUUCUUGGACCAGUCCACCCACGUAAGGUCAUGCUACCCAGGAUUUUUAUGCCUGGACGGCCGAGAGUUAUCUGCACCAAUGAUUGUUGAUAUUGACAGCUCUGAGAUAAUGAAACCCUGCAAGGAAAGCUAUACUGGAUCUGAAACCCUAAAGAGUAUAGUCCUGUAAUUCCUGCAGCAGUAUUACUUGAUUUGUGACUCUGGAGAUUGACAGGGUCUCCUCGGUGCUUACCACGAUGAGGCCUGCUUCUCCCUGAGCAUUCCCAUCAACUCUGAGGACUCAACUCCUUGAGUAUCACAGAGCAACUUGUGCAAGUACUUCAAGGAUAGCAGGAAUAUAAAAAUUCUCAAAGACCCCUACCUGCAGAGGAAGCUGCUAAAGCACACAAAAUGUCCACGAAACGUGGACUCCCUCAGUGCAUUGCCUGAAACUCAGCGUGACUUCAGCUCUAUCCUGGUGGACGCGUGGUGCCAGACCGAAAGGAUGCUCUGCUUUUCUGUCAACAGAGUGUUCAAGGAAGUGGAAGGAUGGUCUCAGGGUUCUAAUCUUGCCUUCAUGUGGACCUUCAUCACUACCUCUGGCCGCAAUUCCAGUCUGUGCAUCGUGAAUGAUAAGAUGUUUCUGAGGGAUGCCAGCCCCCAAGAGACUCAGAAUGCCUUCUCCAUCCCAGUGUCCACACUCUCCUCCAGCUCUGAGCCCUCCCUCUCCUAGGCACAGGAAAUGAUGCAGGAUUUCUCUGCCCAGUCUGGAAUGAAACUAGAGUGGUCUCAGAAGUGCCUUCAAGACAAUAAGUGGAACUACAUCAGAGCUGGUCAGGUCUUCACUAUGCUCCAGACUGAGGGCAAGAUCCCAGUGGAGGCCUUCAAGCAAAUCCCCUAAAAGGAGCCCUUUGAUGUCAUCUUUGUCUUCCUUCUCAUCCUCUUUGUUUCCUCUUUUCACCAGCCUAAGGCCACUCUAAGGACUGGGGUUGGAGGCCUGGCUGACCAAGAAGCCAAAGUUAACUUGCAGGCCACAGGACAUAGCCACCUGAAGAGCCAGUUGUUCUGUGUAUUUGCCCCACUCAUGAUCACCGUUUAUUUUCAUAAUAAACAGUGACGUUACAUGU